GGGAGUCGGGCCGGGAUUUCGCAGGGGGAGCCCAGCGGUGGUUGCAGCUGCGGCGGAUCCCUCGUCACUAGCCGCCGCGCGCGCGCCCGGCAGCCCAGGGCCCCGGGGCAGCUCCGCAAAGUCGCGGGGCGAGAGGAGGCGGGCGCUCGCAAAGUGGCCGGGCCGGGCUGACUGAGAGAGGUGUGUCCGGGAGCCCGAGCCCGGCGCCCUGGUGCCUCGCGUGGAGCGGCGGUGCAGCGCCUGGGAGGCGAGCUGACGUUUGGGAUCGAGAAAUACAAUCGCAGCCUCUCCAGAGGCGCUAAGUUACGCCGGCCAGCCGGCGCCCGGGGAGCGUGCGUGCAGCCAAGCCGCGCCGCAGAGCCCUCCCGGGCCGGCCGGUGGGGAGCGGGGCCCUGACUCCCCCACCCCCCACAACCCCCAUCUCGGCCCCAGCGCGGAGUCCGGCCGGCGGCGCGCCCGGGGACUGAGCCAGGGCGUGCGAGGCUCCUCCGACCCGCUUGCAGCCCCGCGCCCUUCUCGGGCGCCCCCUCCGUGCCACUCCGGGAGCGAUGCCCCCCGCCCCCCGCGCCCACCGGGAGCGACGCGAGCAUGGAGAAGUCGAGUAGCGAGGAUUCUUCGAUCCACCGGAGUCCAUCUUUGGACAGCAAGGACUCGGACUUUGCCAAGCCGUCCACCUCGGGCCGCCCGUUCGGCCGCGGCUUCACGGCAGGCGCCUUCUACGGCACCGCUGGCUCCCGCGGCCAGAGCCACGCCGAAGCCGGCGUGAAGACCGACAAGUACAAUGCGCCCAAAGGCAGCAAGUACGUGGUGUUUUACCUGGACCUGUCCUUUGUUUUCCUCCUAGAAUUUAAGAAGUGCAACAUGGCCAGGGGCUGCCUGUGCUGCCUCAAGUACAUGAUGUUCCUCUUCAAUUUGAUAUUCUGGCUAUGUGGCUGUGGGCUUCUUGGAGUGGGCAUUUGGCUGUCCGUGUCGCAAGGCAACUUUGCCACCUUCUCCCCCAGCUUCCCCUCGCUGUCAGCAGCCAACCUGGUCAUCGCCAUAGGCACCAUCGUCAUGGUGACGGGGUUCCUCGGCUGCCUGGGGGCCAUCAAGGAGAACAGGUGCCUCCUCCUCAGUUUCUUCAUCGUCCUGUUGAUCAUCCUCCUGGCAGAGCUGAUCUUAAUUAUCCUCUUCUUUGUCUACAUGGACAAGGUGAACGAGAAUGCCAAGAAGGACUUGAAGGAGGGCCUGCUACUCUACAACUCGGAGAACAACGUGGGGCUGAAGAACGCCUGGAACAUCAUCCAGGCAGAGAUGCACUGCUGUGGUGUCACCGACUACAGGGACUGGUUCUCGGUGCUGGGGGAGAACACCGUCCCCGACCGCUGCUGCAUGGAGAACUCCCAGGGCUGCGGACAAAACAACACCACCCCCGUGUGGAAGACGGGCUGCUACGAGAAGGUCAAACAGUGGUUUGCUGACAAUAAGCACGUGCUCGGCACGGUGGGGAUGUGCCUUCUAAUCACACAGAUUCUGGGCAUGGCCUUCUCCAUGACCCUCUUCCAGCACAUCCACCGGACUGGGAAAAAGUACGACGCCUGAGCGGCUGGCGGAGCGCCCCGGCCCCGCGGACACUGUGCGAGGGAAGAGGCCUUCAGCUUUGUGUCGCCUGCACCUCCAGACUGCUGACCCCUGCAUCCCUGCCCUGGCCUGCCUUCCCGGCCACCUGCCGAAGCCUUGUCGGUGGGCAGAGGCCGGGGGUGGGGGAGGAAACGCAGAGACCUUGGGGGUGCUGGGGCGCCCAGAUUCCUGUGUAUUUGCCAAAGAAGACAGGGUGGGUGGGUGGGGGCAUGCUCCAGGAGCCCCCAGCACUGACGCGUUUCUGCCCUGUCUUUUUCCUCAGCUGACACUUUGUUCCCCGCAUGGCAUGGGGUGGGGGUGGGGGCGCUCAGGGCUGCCUUCUGGUGGAGAGACUGCCCAGGAGCGGCCCUGGUGGCCCCCAGCCACCCAGAGAGGGGGGGGCGCACUGGCAGGGGCCGGCUGACCGUCUCCAUGCCGGGCUGUGGGAGCGUCUCACCCAGGCAUUUUAUACCUUACAGUGUAACUUUUUUUAUUUUAUUUUACUCUGAUUAUGAUUAUUCAGGAAUACUAUCUCUCAGAUAAGUUUAGGGUUAGCUUUCUGAUUUAUAACUUUGUACUGCGUUGAUUUCUGUAAUGGUUUGGUUUUCUUUCUGCGGGUGGGGGACGGGAAGGGACAGGGCACGUCCGUUUGUCUGGUUUCUAUCAGGACAGACCACUGGGCACACUCAGGAGGCUGCGGCCAGGAUGCACUGAGGGAGGGGGGAGCCUGGGGGAAGGCGGCAGGGGAGACGGGGGUGGGGGCGGGAGGCAUAGGAUGGAAGCGAGACAGAGGGCAGGGGGUCUUCUGGGAACUGGGGGUGCUUUGCCAGGAAUGAGGUAGAGCAGGCGUGUGUCCUUAUGCGUCUCUGAUGAGCAGUUCUUUUUCCUUCUUCCUCCCGCCCGCCCUCUGCGGGCUGGGAGGCUCCCCUUCCACCCCUUGCGGGGGAUUCCCGCGACAGGUUCUGCAAACCCGUUAUUUCACAGACAUUCCUGCUAGAAACUCUCGGACAAAUACCUCUCUAGUUCAGAUGCUGCUCACUCUCUCACAUUGCUUCUGGAAGGGGAAGCAGUCCUUCCGUGGAGCUGCUCAGACGUGACAGAGGACCUGCGACCUCCAGAGGGGAGGGAGGGGGGAGCCGUGAUGGUCCGGCUGGAGUCACUGCCAGGAGGGAGGGAGAGGUGGAUAUCCACCCGGCUCCCAGGACCCUCAGCUCCUUGCUUGGGGUUCACUGAUGCGGCGGUGGCUGGCGAUCAUGUCCUCUGCGACCCCAAGGGAAAGCACAGAAAACUCGAGGAAACCCAGAGGGAUCUUGUUACAGUGGCCCCAGGACAAAGCAACCUGAGUCAGGGCCUGGAGAUGAACAGCUGGGGGGCGUCCAACCACAGCCAGGUGCCCCCACCAGGGCUCACGCUGGUCUAAGCAAGUUGUACAGUUGAAACAUAAGUUAAGAAUCUAUAGGGCUGAGCUUGGAAAGGUUCCUCACCAGCUAACACUUACCCAGAUGGGGCCUCACCUGGGCGCUGCCUUUGUCCUGCACCGUUUGGCUGGGUGCCCCGGCCGCCCCAUCUCCUCCCCAGCCUGUGUGUCCAAGAGCUGACACCCAGCCAGCACCCCCUUCUCCCCUUAAGCACAAGACGGUUGGGACCAGCAGUGCGGAACUUCUAUGUGCUCAGGGGUCAUGCUUCUGGGUGUGGGGAGCGGAGAAAAGGGUGGUCUCAGUGGGCUGGGCAGAGUAGAGACCAUCUCCCGAGAUAGGAGUGGGGGUGCCUGUGGGCAAGCUUCUGGGCAGGGUUUGGGUUGAGGACAGGCCAGUGCAACAUGCGACUGGCCCUCCCCAUGCUCUGGGCCUGAAUUCUUGGAAAGGAGCUUCAGUGGGUCCCCUGGGAACCCAGGUCUGCAGAGCCCGGAAUAGAUGUGCACCCUGCCCCCUCGAGGCACCCUCAGCAAACAAGCAUUUGAGUGGCGCAUUGGGACUGCUGCAUAAUGAGUUUGUGUUGAGGGGGGGUUGUUUAUGCCUAUCAAUGCAAUUUUAAAGUUUUGUUAAAAUCAACAGCAAAAGCCUAGUACCUUGGGGGUGUAUGGGUCUCCCUGGAAUCUCAUGUUUCUGGAGCUUUGGGGGUGCCCUCCGGCCCUGGGGCCCUUGCCUGUCUCCCUCCUCCUGCCAGCCACCCCACCUCGUCCAUCUGUCUGCAGAGCCUCGUCCACAGUUCCCCAAACCGCCUUCUUGCCUGACCCUGUGCUUGGCUGAUCGGUCAUUUGGCUGCGUCCGCACAGGGCGGCAGACUCCGUGUACCGGGGGAGAGCCCUUCUGCGACCCUUCUUCCGUCGUGCAGAGCGGUUCCCCUGUGGCACAGAGGCAGGCAUGCUGCCUGCUGUCAGUGAUGGGGCUCAGCAUCCUCUCGGUGUCUCCCGACUCCGGGCUCACGCCAAGCUACCUGAGUCAGUCCCCUCCCUGGCAGCUCCCUCCCCAGGCCAGAGUCAGUUCCAGGGGGUCUGAUGCAGGCAGGUUAGAGUGGACUCCGAAGGCCAAGGUUCUGCAGCCUUUAGGGACAUGCCUGCCUCCACCUGGCCUUUCUCUGCAGCCAGGUGGGUGCAGGGCAGGUGGGCGAGCAGGGCUGAGCACCGCCCCUAGGGGCAGCAGCUGGUGCGACCCCCCCCCACCCCCCAGCUCCCCCCGGCCAGUUUGGGCCUCUCACUCUGGCAAGGCUGCUGACCACCCCCUGCCCCCCGUGAGACCCUCAAGCAGGUGUUCUGGUUUGACUUGGACCAGCUGGCCAUCCCUCCUUGCUCUGGUGGCCAAAGCGUGGUCCAGGUGGAUGGAAAGGAGGUCGCCGCCUUUCUGGCCCCUGCCCACCCCUGGGUGGAGGUGCUAACAGCAGGGACCCGGCCAGACAGAGCGGGGAGGUGCCCUGCAGGGCCAGCCUCUGGUGUUCCCGUCCUCCCAUCCUCCCCUUCGCCACCAUGAGGCCGGGUCCAGGGUGCAUCCCCGCAUCCCUCCUGACAGGGGCCCCCAUCGAGGGCGAGGCCGGGGCUCCUGUCCGCACCCCAUCCCCCGGGGCCACACGGCCGGGCGGUGUCCCACAGGCUGGUUUCAGUGCACUUUCCUGCUUGUGAUGCCGCAUCUGUACGCUUCCUUCAUCCUGGUCCUGGCUGUGGAAAGCCAUGUUUUUAGCAUGUUUUUAAAUAAAAACUGGUAACGUGUCAAAAGCACA